AUGGUUCGUCUGGGGCAUUUUCUCCACAGUCUAUCGAUCGCGACUACCUUUCUAGCUUCACCUUCUAUUGCCAAGGACUCCAAAGAAUCCGAAGUCACGCAAUGGCCAGUCCACAAUGAUGGAUACAAUAAGGUGGUUGAGUGGGAUCACUACAGCUUCCAAAUCGACGACCAGAGAAUCUUCAUUUUCUCUGGUGAGUUCCAUUACUGGCGUAUCCCGGUCCCUGGUCUGUGGAAAGAUAUUCUAGAGAAAGUCAAAGCAGCAGGCUUUACGGCUUUCUCCUUUUACGCCAAUUGGGCAUACCAUGCACCAAACAACCAGACCCUGGAUUUCACCACGGGCGCUCACGACUUCUCCUUGCUCUUCGAAAUUGCCAAGGAAGUGGGAUUAUAUGUCUUGGUGCGCCCAGGACCCUAUAUCAAUGCUGAGACCACUGCCGGUGGAUUCCCCUUGUGGGCAACUACGGGUGACUAUGGUAGCCUUCGAAACAAUGACACACGGUACACCAACGCCUGGAAACCCUACAUGUCAGAGAUGGCCAAAAUUACCAGUCGGUACCAAGUGACUGAUGGGCACAUGGCCAUUGGCUAUCAAAUCGAGAAUGAGUACGGUGACCAGUGGGUUUCGACAUCGGAAAAGAUUCCUAACAACACCGCUAUUGCGUACAUGGAGCUCCUUGAAGCCAAUGCUCGUGAGAACGGCAUCACCAUUCCAUUGACAGCCAAUGAUCCUAACAUGGACUCGCUCUCAUGGGGAACUGACUACAUCAACGGCGAAGGAAAUGUUGAUAUCGCCGGCGUCGACUCAUACCCAUCCUGCUGGACCUGCGAUAUCAGCCAAUGUGACUCAACAAAUGGAGAGUAUGUGGCAUUCCAGGUGGUUGACUACUACGACUAUUUCCAGGACUACCAACCCACACUGCCGGAGUUCAUGCCUGAGUUCCAGGGAGGUUCUUACAAUCCUUGGGGUGGACCCGAGGGAGGUUGUCCCAACGACUUGAAUGAAGAUUUCGCCAAUCUGUUCUACAGAUGGAACAUCGGUCAACGUGUCACCGCAAUGAGCUUAUACAUGAUCUUCGGCGGCACGAACUGGGGUGGUAUUGCUGCACCCGUGACAGGAACCAGUUAUGACUACUCAUCGCCGAUUUCUGAGGAUCGUUCGAUUGGAUCCAAGUACUACGAGACAAAGCUGCUCGCCUUGUUCACUCGCAGCGCAAAAGAUCUUACAAAGACCGAUUUGAUUGGAAAUGGUACACAGUACACUGAUAACGCCGAUGUUCGCGCAUAUGAACUUCGCAACCCAGACACCAAUGCCGGGUUCUAUGCUACUUUCCACGUCAACACUUCAACUUCUACGAACGAGGCAUUCCAUCUGAAGGUCGAUACUUCGGUUGGAAAGUUGACCAUCCCCCAGAAUGGAGCCGUUAUUCGCCUAAAUGGACACCAGUCUAAGAUCGUCGUUACCGAUUUUACUUUUGGAUCCAAGACCCUUCUAUACUCGACUGCGGAAGUCUUGACGUACGCUGUCUUUGACGGUGUGCCAACCUUGGCUCUGUGGGUUCCGGCUGGAGAAUCUGGAGAGUUCAACAUCAAGGGAGCAAAGAAAGGAUCGAUUGAGUCGUGCCAAGGAUGCUCGCAAGUCAAGUUCCUCAAGCAGAAUGGAGGAUUGACGGCUAGCUUCACGCAGUCAUAUGGCAUCAGUGUCUUGAAUAUCGAUGGAGUUAGAGUUAUCGUUCUUGAUCGGACUUAUGCUUACAAAUUCUGGGCUCCUGCUCUCACGGGUAAUCCAUUGGUCCCGGAGACAGAAAGUGUACUUGUGCAAGGCCCGUAUCUCGUUCGCAGUGCCAGUAUCUCAAAAUCUACUCUUGCGGUGACCGGUGAUAAUGUCAACGCUACGACAAUUGAAGUCUUUGCUCCUAAGGCUGUGGAAUCUAUCACCUGGAAUGGAAAGACUGUUAAGACAAGCCGGACAGCAUCCGGCAGCUUGAAGGGUUCAAUCUCUGCUCCUAAUGCUAUUACUCUACCAGAGCUCACCUCGUGGAAAUCGAAGGACAGCUUGCCAGAGCGCCUUGCUACCUAUGAUGACUCUGGUGCCGCUUGGGUUGCUGCCGACCAUAUGACAACUUUGAACCCUAGAACACCUACCACCCUCCCAGUCCUCUAUGCCGAUGAAUAUGGUUUCCACAACGGUAUCCGUCUUUGGCGUGGAUAUUUCAAUGGAAGUGCAUCCGGCGUUUACCUCAAUGUACAAGGAGGAACAGCCUUUGGUUGGUCAGCUUGGUUGAACGGCGAGAUUCUUGGAUCCUACUUUGGUGAUGCAACAGACGAGCAGGCCAACCUCACCCUAUCCUUCUCCAACGUAACCCUUAGCACCAGCACCCCCAACGUUCUGCUGGUCGUCCACGAUGACACAGGUCACGAUGAGACUACCGGGGCGCUAAACCCCCGGGGUAUUCUUGAUGCCAAGCUUGUUGGCUCGUCAACAGGAUUCACUCACUGGCGCGUAGCCGGAACAGCAGGCGGCGAGUCCAACCUCGACCCCGUGCGCGGCACCUACAAUGAGGAUGGUCUUUACGCCGAGCGAGUUGGCUGGCAUCUUCCAGGGUUUGAUGAUUCAACCUGGACGAGUGUCAGUGACGACUCGAGUCUGAGCUUCGAUGGUGCGACAGUUCAAUUCUUCCGUACUGUUGUUUCCUUGGAUCUCCCAUCUGAGCAUGAUAUCUCCAUCUCAUUCAUUUUGGGUACGCCCUCUACCUCGGCACUUACCUACCGAUCCCAGCUGUUUGUGAACGGAUACCAGUAUGGAAGAUUCAAUCCGUAUAUUGGAAACCAGGUAGAGUUCCCUGUUCCACUUGGCGUUCUGAACUACAAUGGUGAAAACACCAUUGGCGUGGCUGUCUGGGCGCAAUCGGAUGAGGGGGCUAGCAUCUCGGUCGAUUGGCAGAUCAAUUACGUGGCUGGUAGCUCGUUGGAUACUGCUGAGAUUAAUGAUGCCAGUCUGCGACCCUCUUGGACAGAGUCGAGACUCAAGUACGCGUAA